CAGAUUUAUUAGCUCUCACACAACGAGGGAAAUUCAUUCGGCAAAGUUCAUUCAUAAAAAUUUCAACAGCCUGCGUAUCAUCCGCUCUGCUCAGCGUUCUGCUGUGCACAGGCUCCUGAAGGAGACUGCAGGGAGGGUUCGGGAGGGAAGGACACCCCGAGAAGGGGUGGGCCGGCCGGGAUUGGACCCGAGCUGCACCGAGGAUGCCCGGACCUCAAGCAGGAGGAACAAUGCGGACCAGCGCCCGUCGCUAGGACUCCUGGCUGGUGGCCCAGAACCAAGAUCCUCCGAGAGAGGGCAGCCGUCAUAACCCCAGCCCAUACAGAAGGGCCUUUGACUCUUAUGUGCUUUUUUUAUUUUUCCCUUUGAAAUGAGCAAUCACGGAACAAAUAAAGGGUUAAUGGGCCAGUCGCUGCCCCGCCCCGUGGGAGCUGGAGGGAGCAGGUUUGAAAGUUCCUGUGCGCAGCGGGAAGGGGGGUAAAUAUUUCUGCUAAGGCUAGAGGCGUGGUGGCACUGCUGCCCCAGCCUGGGGACUCCGGGGAGAGGACCGCCUCACCCCCUCCCCAACUCCCCGGGCCUUUGCCAGGGCCGGGAAGAGACUGCAAUCAGAACCGAGGAGGCAUCUUCCUGGCCUGUUAUCCUUGAGAAGUCAGGGACCCGGGCGGGUGACCGCCGGAGCAGAAGUGAAAGGUGGCUGUGCUUGAGGGUCUAGCGGACAGUGAAGCAGUUUAGGCUUCGGUGGCCCGUCUCAGCCCUUCCAAGGCUAUGCGAGAACGCAGCCAGGACAGCCAGGCAGGACUCGCUCUGUAUGUAGGAUUCUUUGGGCACCUGGGGAUGCUUCACAGGGCCAAGUACAGCCGCUUUCGGAACGAGUCCAUCACGUCUUUGGAUGAAGCGAGUCCAGGAGGCUCGGUUGGAAACAAGGGCUCGUCGCCGCCUCCCUACCCAGCCCUGGCCCCUCACCUGCCGGCUGAAGAUGCCACUGUGCCCACCCAGGAGAGUCCCACCGCGCUGUGCACUUUGAUCCCCCGUAUGGCAAGCAUGAAGCUGGCCAACCCAGUCACUUUUCUGAGUCUGAAAACCUUUUGCCUGGGUACCAAAGAGGUACCCCGGCUGAAGCUUCAAGAGAGCCAGGAUCAGGCUCCAAGCAGUCCAGCUUCCCCAGAGACCAGUCUAAACAGGACUGGGCCUGCUCCUACACCGCAUCCGGACCAGGUGGGACCCAGGGCCACCACUUUGCCUCCUGAUGCUUGCCCACUGCCUGGCCCUGGACAACCAACCCCUAGGAGCAGGCAGGACAGGCACUCUCUGCAGCACCUGUUGGGGUCCGGUCUGCACUACUGUGUGAGGUACAUGGGCUGCAUUGAAGUGCUACAAUCAAUGAGAUCACUGGAUUUUGGAAUGAGAACCCAAGUUACAAGGGAAGCAAUAAGCCGCCUGUGUGAUGCUGUCCCUGGGGUCCAUGGAGCCAUGAAAAAGCGAAAGGCUCCCGUUAAGUCCCUGUCAACGGUUCUUGGCAAAAGCAACCUUCAGUUUUCAGGAAUGAAUAUAAAACUGACCGUGUCGACAUGCAGCCUCGUACUGAUGAACCUUGACAACCAACAGAUUAUUGCAAAGCAUCAAAUGCAAUCGAUCUCAUUUGCCUCUGGAGGGGACCCUGAUACCACAGACUAUGUUGCCUAUGUAGCUAAAGAUCCAGUCAACCAACGAGCGUGCCACAUCCUGGAAUGUCACAGCGGAAUGGCCCAAGAUGUCAUAAGCACCAUAGGGCAGGCCUUUGAACUCCGGUUCAAGCAGUACUUGAAAAACCCUUCCUUGAACACUUGGGAAAGUGAGGAGGUACACGGUGACGGCUGCACAUCUGAAGACAGAGACCAUGACUAUUACAACGCGAUCCCAGGGAAGCAGCCACCUGCAGGCGGCAUUUCAGACAUGCGGAUCAAGGUCCAAACUACAGACCAAAUGGCCUACUGCCCUAUCCGGUGUGAAAAGCUGUGCUAUUUACCUGGGAACUCUAAGUGCAGCAGCGUGUAUGAGAACUGUAUGGAACAGAGCGGCUCAACAGGUGUACCACGCGAGAGAGGGAUGCAGGGUGAUGUUUCGCCCAAGAAGCACUCCUGCCGAGUGGAUCUCUUUGAUGACCCCUGCUACGUCAAUACGCAAGCUCUUCAGAGUGCCCGUGGCUACGCUGGAAAUCAAAGCUCAACUCAAGGGAGCACAUGGCAUCUUGGAAAGGCACCAGAGACUGUGCAGCCAGGAGCCACGGCCCAGCCCGUGAGCUCACGCUCUUUGUCACACAUAAAGCAGCAGCUGCAGAAUGAAGAAUGCUUCCACGGCAGGCUGAGCAGGGGUGCAGCAGAGAGACUUUUGGUGAAGGAUGGGGACUUUCUGGUUCGAGAGAGUAUAACGUCUCCUGGUCAGUAUGUGCUGAGCGGACUACAGGGUGGUCAGGGAAAGCACCUCCUCUUGGUGGACCCUGAAGGCAAGGUGAGGACCAAGGAUCAUGUGUUUGAUGAUAUUGGCCACCUUAUCAAAUACCAUAUGGAUAAUAGUUUGCCAAUCAUCUCUUCUGGAAGCGAAGUAAGCCUUAAACAACCAGUAAGAAAAGAUACUAACCCAGGACUUUUGCAUUCCAAGAAAUGACAACCCCAGGCCCCAUGUUGGAAGAAUAUCCUUUAUUUUCCGGAACAAUGACAACACAAACCAUUUCUCCAGAGAAAACAGGACACAGACUGUGAAACGUCUUUCCGAGACCACCGUGGACUAUGUCUUUUAUAAAACAGAGAACUAAUAAAAUGCCCUCUGAAUAUGAAAAUCAGAGAAGAAGGAUUUUGAUCCAUUUGAAAAAGAGUUAUCCAUGUGCACGGAGGUCACUUUUCAAGGUCACAUUGCAUCGAUUAAAAGCACAACUACAAUUUCAUAUGCUAAAGACAACUUGAACUGCUCAGGCAGUGGUAUGUGCCUUCAACUUGAUAAUCUGGGGGACAUUUUCAUAUGGGGGAGAUUAGUUUCCAAGAGUUUUUGUGUUCUAUAGCUACAGAACCAGUUGCCAAAAGAGUUAGUUUUUCCUUAUUCUAAAAGCAAGGGGAAGCAAUUUGAUGAACAGUGUUGGCUUUACUCCAUUUUCUGUUUAGUGGCACUUUCGCUGCCACUGUACAUAGGACACAGACACCAAGUUCAGGCUGCGUCUAUGCUUGUGGACAUAUGGAAGCAACAGCCAUUGAUGGUGUCCUCCUUCGGUCUCAUUUGUUGAUUCUAAGGUUGGGGCCCCAAUUCGCCGGCCAGUGUUCCUCAGUCUUUGCCAUCUGAACGGUUCAUAUGCAGCAUGAGACAAGCUCACGGGGCCAAAUCUCUUGGCUAUUUCUGACUUUGAGUACAUGGCUAUAAAAAAUGGCCAACGAAACCAGUGUCCUUCAUGCUCAGUCCACACGGGUUUGUUCCAUUCUUACAGAGAGGACAGGAGGUAAUUUUAAGUAUAGCAGACUUUCCUUUUGAUUGGCUGCCACUGGAUCCUAGCAUCAUCUCUUUCUGUGUCCUGUCUCCCUUUCUACCUGCGAUCAGACAAAAUGCAGAGUGAGAAAACUCACGGUGCAACGGGCUUGGAAAGGCCUGCCACACACAGCCCAAGGGUUAAACCGGUGGUGAAAUGAAUUCCCAGAAGCUCUAGGCUCAGACUGGUCAUCACUGUGGCUCUUGGCAGGGUGCUAAACCUGUCUGGAAUCCAGUUUUCUUGUUUAUGAGUCGAGAGAGCUCAGAGGUGCACUCUGAGGUCCGUUGCCAUCCUAACAUAGCUGUUCCCGUGUUAGACGUUACUACUGAUAAGCAGCUUGCGUAGUGAAGGGUAAACAUUUAGACUUUCCCUUUAUUCUGUGUUCAUACUCUACUGAUAAAGGGUCUCAGCAAACCAUCACUCACGUAGUUUGACCCCAAGUGUUUUAGUAUUAAGCAGGUAAUGUUGAUGAUUUGGUUGUUUUUAGUAAUAGCAGAAAUGUUUCAGUCAGUUCUUACUUGCAUUUGCAUAUAAAGACAUGAAGACAUGGUCAUUACUGAAGGAGAGAGAGAGGGAGAGAGAGAGAGAGAGACAGACAGACAGACAGAUAGAGAUUAAUCCUGAGUUUUCUGGAUAGUUAUCUCAAUACCACUUAAUUUUGGCUAAGUAGAUACAACCUAACCUUUGCGAUUAUGAUAUAUUUGGUAAGUUUUAAGUACAAUAUGGGAUAGUUCUUUUGGAUAAAAAUCAUCAGAAAUCCAGUCCAGUGAAGCCUGACGUUUUCGUGUAACAGCUCACCGUUUGAUUUCCGCUGCCAUUGACUUCUCACAUAGGGUUCCUUCCCCCAGCUAGGAAACGGUGCACAUUUCAUUGAUUUCCCCCUGUAUCUAGGUCUUCAUCAUCUUUCUUCAUAGAAGGAUCAUAGUGCUAGGAACGUGUAGGCAACCUGCAUCAGAGGCAGGACAGGACUGUGGUCUCCUUCCAGCUGAUGAACACAGACUGGGGGUCCGGGAGUUCCAGAUGUAGGGCGCACUGAUGGUGUGAACAGCACAUGUGGGCAGCCAGCACUGGACUCAAGUGGUGCCGUAGCUGGGGAAGCAAGUACUGCACUUCCAGGUACUAAAGACACCGUUCACACGCUCGAAAGAUGCAAGAGAUGUCUGCAUGCUGUUUUAAUCUCAUAUUCUCAACCUCUAUUUUGAAAUGGUGGUUCAUUUGCCUAUAAAUAUCUGUAAAUGACUUUUCUAAAAAAAAAAUAAAUGAUUAUU